AUGAGCUCCGGUAGUGAUGCGGUCUUCCUGCGCCGCAACAACCAGAUUCAAGAUGCCAUUGACAGCCAAAACAUGAAGCAAGCUUUGCAGCUGAUCGAGAAACGCAUGAAGAAAGGCGAGAAUACACCUUUCCUCAAGGCCUGGAAGGCAAAUGUCCUCUUCAACCACACAGAUGAAGCUCACAAGAAGCGAGGCGUUGCGGAGACCCUUGAGCUGUGCAAAUCCGAGCCACCAGUCACCGAUCUGGAUACCCUGGACACACUUCGCCGAACCCUCGAAAAGAUGGAUGACCAGACCGACCUUCGGAGCGCAUUAUGGGAGAGAGCAGCCAAGGCAAAGCCGCAGGACCAUGAGCUUCAGAUGAGAUGGUUUACGGACGGAUUUGACAGCCGUGAUUGGAAGUCUGCACAAAAGGCUGCCAUGAGUCUCCAAAAGAACUUCUCCCGCGAUCGAAAGUACUAUUUCUGGGCCAUUUUCUUCUGUCACAUUGUUUCAAUUGACUCGGCCUCCUCGGACAUGGAUCGUAAGCUUUUUGGAACUUUGGCAUAUCGCAUGAUUUCGAAGGCGGCAGCCGACGUUCCCACCAACCCGACCGAGCUAAUGAGCCCCCCUAGAGCUAUUCAAAAUGCCGAGGAACUUUUGCUGCUCAUCAAAAUCUUCGAAAAGCAAGAUAAGCAUGAUGAGAUCAUAAAAAUUCUCGACAGCGAGAGCACUGGUCUCAGCUCUCGGAUUGUUAAUAAUGACCGGGUAUUCCUGUCAAGCAAAUUGAACAGCCUGGGAAAUACUGAGCGCUGGGAAGAGGGACUUGCAUGUGCAAAAGACCUUCUGACUGUGCCAGAAGAUGAAGAAGGGCGCAAAGCCCUCAAAGAGCGUGAUGAGUGGAAAUUCUGGAACAUGCUCAUUGUCAGCACUCGCCAUUUAGAAACAAGUCCAGGUCUGCUCGCGGAAACACAAGAGCUUAUUGAAAAGUUCAUUGAAUUCAGCCCCAAAUCUCGAAACGCGCAUCUUGCUCGAAUGGAUUUGACUCUGGUUGGCAUCGGACGUGACCAAAACACAUCAGAUGAUUUGAUUUCUGCAUGCCAAAAAUACUGGAUCCAGCACAAGCACAAACUCUAUCUUUUCGGUGACUUCCGAGGUAUCCUGGAGAAUCGCGAAGAUAGCUUGAUCCGCCAAGUCUGUGAAUAUUGCAUGGACAGUGUUGAAGGCAAAGCUGAUGAUGUGAUUCCACUGAUCAAUGCAUACAAGAUGCAGUACUUUGCACGACUGUCUGGCAAAGACGCAUCAAAGUCCACCAUUGAGAACCUUGUCCGCAAUUGUCUUGACUUUUAUGAGAACUUUACCCUUCUUGCAAAGACCCAGAUUAAGAAGGACAACCAAGAAGCUUCCGUCAUGGAAAGUCGACCCACAGAUGACUUCUGCCUUAUUGCCGCCAUGGCUCUUCUUCGGCCCAACAAGACCACUGGCGAAGUCGGUGACAAAUCUUUGAUCCGUGCCGCAGGCAUUCUGGAGCGCCUGCUCGUUGAUUCACCUCAUAAUUAUGAGGCGCUCUUGAGUUUGAUUCGGAUCUACAUCCUUCUCGGCGCUGGCUCGCUCGCUUUGAAAACGUUCAGUAAGCUAUCGGUCAAGCACGUGCAGUAUGAGACUGUUGGACAUAUCCUCUUCACUCGACUGGGCAGCAUCCACCCUUACUCGGCGCCUCCGUAUGAAGGUGCUGAGUAUAAAGACUUUGAUCCACAAGCUGCAUUUGUUCAGGGCCUGGACUUUUACCGCUCUGCAAACCUCACCGUAUCACGAUCCCUCAUGAAUGGACUUCGCGAAGGCUCCUAUGUCAACCUCGAGGAAACAAUUGAGCUGCGGAACCGCCUCAACGACAGUGUUUGCCGGAGAAUCAUGGCUUUGGAAACCCGACGAGUGCAAAGACUGAGAAAGGGAGAACACUUGAGCUUCCAUGAGGAGAUUGCCCAGUCUACUUCACCGGUUCACGACCAACGGUCGUACGAUGCGUUUAUGAACCUGGAAAACCAUAGCCAACCGACAUUCGAGACGCGACUGCGCGCAGGCCCGAUUCCUAAGUUAAACUGGCUGGCCUCUGCCCGAGUCACUGAUCAACUAUUCGGUGUCCUCAAGAGUAUCGCUAUGCAAAAGCCGAACCCCACAGACGAAGCGCUGCCUGAUAUUAGCGACCUGAAGCUAUCCGAACCUGAUAAUGACCUAACGUCCACGGAAUUGGACGUAGGAAAAAUCAACACCGAAUUGCUCAAGGUUGCUAAUUUUAUGGCCGGAUCUAAGGCCCAUACUUCAGACCAAAUUGCCAAGGUGCUUGGCCAGGUAGAGGCCUGGUUGAAUGAUAAGAAGCAGUACCUGACUCUUCAAGACGACAAGAAGUCUCCUAUUAUCGAGAGCACGACUAUUUCAUUUAACGGAACCCCUGCUGCCCCAACUUGGAGAUACUUCCACGCCAUCUGGUCUCUCGUGGAGAUCCUCAAGGCUUUGUCGAACAUUUUUGACCUAGAUUCGAAGAAGACCGUGAAGACUGCUAAGCUUCCAGCUGAACAGUUGAAACGGGUGACUGCUCUUGUCUGUGAUGUCUUUGAGGAUGUCCGUUCAAACACCCGGGCUCUGAAACGGGGCCUUUCUGAAUCGGCCACCCUUAGCACAGUGAUUGACCUUGUCAUGCAGGGUGAUGCAGAUGAUGAAUACGAGAAGCCCCUUCAGAAUGUUCUCGACAGAAUGAUGGACGCAUCUGCACUUGAAGUGUUCUGUGGAGAGCUGAGGGAAAGCUGGGAAGAGGCACUUGAUGGACGCCAAGACCCCAUUUUGCGGUUCCAGGCAAAAGACCAGGUGAUUUUCACACGGCUUCCUCACCUCUUCUUCGACAACCCCCGCCAAACCCUUCAGUCAACAACCGUCGAGAUGGUGCAAGAACGCUCCGGAAUUGUGGUCGGCCUCAACAGCGGUCGCAAAACCACCGCCUUGAACACCCCCAAGACCCGCAUCAGCCGCUCCGUUGGCAAGUCUUCUCGCCGCACCGCUUUCGUCCGCGAGAUCGCUGCCGAGGUUGUUGGCCUUGCUCCCUACGAGCGCCGCAUCAUCGAACUCCUGCGCAACGCCCAGGACAAGCGUGCCCGCAAGCUCGCUAAGAAGCGCCUCGGUACUUUCGGCCGUGGCAAGGCUAAGGUUGAGGCUAUGCAGAAGGUCAUCGCUGAGGCCCGUCGCACCCAGACUGCUCACUAA